UGAACAACCCCAGCUCCCUCAGCCUCUCCUCAUAAGAGUUUCCCCUGAAACAAGCUACCUUUAGCAUAUGUUACGUUGCCGGCCGGCGUUGGCUUCUGUUCCUAGCAUGAUUUAACUGCUAAGGCUCCACUGCCUUUCAGAAGAAUUGGGUGUUUGCUUUUUUCCUGUUCUGACGCUUGGUUUCCAUCAGCCUGCCAAAGAGUGCCUGGCAGGUGGCAAGGAAGACCUCUUAGUGCCACUGAAACUAGCUCUUGCGGGAGACGCUUUGAAAGCAGCUGGUUUUAUUUCACAGGCCUCAUCAGAACGGAGUGAAACGUGGCGCAGCAACACCUGCCUUCAUCUGGGGGCUGCUUGUCGGAAGGUUUUGCUGCCUCAGUUCCUUGAAGGAGAAGUUGCUGGAGCUGUCAGGCUUUAGACUCCAGUGGUGGGGGAGAAGGGUGGGGAAUUGCUGCGUGUUCCUCCGGCGACACGAGGGAGAUAUGGAAAAGCCGGAGGCGAUAUGGUCAGGGAGAAGAUUGUAGCGUGAGGUCUGGCCUUGAACAGUUGUUGGGACAAGAUUUCCUUCCUUAGUUCUUCCGUGGAAAUGCUGCUGUCAGGUCAGAGGUUCAGCCAUCUCUGUGCUGUGAGCCCUGGUUCCAGCGUGUGCCCCUGGCAGGGUGGGUGUUCCCCAAACAGUCACUUGAGGGGGAGGGAAUGGCUGGCUCUGAGUAGCCUGGCAAGAGCUUACUUGAUCCUGAAGUGCCUUGGUGCUUGUGCUCUGUCCUGAAUAAAGAAGCUGGGUGUUCUCGUGAUGCCUCCUUCUCAGGGGGCUUGGUUUGCUAAAUGCAGCUUCAGGUUUCAAUUACGUGUAGAAAUAACUGUCUGGCUUCCAAAGCAACCUGCAAAUUACCCACUUCUCUGUCCUUACAGACAAACCUCCCCAUCUUCAAACUGAAGGAGUCGUGUGUGAGGAGACGAUACAGCGAUUUUGAAUGGCUGAAGAAUGAGCUGGAACGAGACAGUAAGAUUGUAGUGCCACCGCUGCCUGGAAAAGCUUUGAAACGACAGCUUCCCUUCCGAGGAGACGAAGGCAUCUUUGAGGAGUCCUUCAUUGAGGAGCGGAGACAGGGACUAGAACAGUUUAUUAACAAAAUUGCUGGACACCCGCUGGCACAGAACGAGCGCUGCUUACACAUGUUCCUGCAAGAGGAGACUAUUGAUAGGAAUUACGUCCCAGGGAAAGUGCGCCAGUAGGAGCACCUGGCACUGUCUUCCUCCAUUCCACCCUCCCUCCUGCAAAAAUGACAUUUAUUUUUACACUAAAUCUGUCUUCUCUGAACCAGCUUUUCCUCUCUUGAACCUCCCAGUUUGUUCAGUAUUUUCCUCUUUUUGUAACUGGCAGCAGCUUGUUCUACUGGGCUGUGUGGUCUUGGCCUAAAGGUAUGAAGAUUUAUGCAAGUGA